UGACAGUUCAUAUAAAUUCGACCGGCGUGCUGUGCGCAUUGCUUGUAAUUCGCUAAAGAUUCGACGCUAAGAGCGUUCUUUGCUUUAACAUCUAUAUAAAUAUACACCAAUCAUGACUGUAGACGAAGGAGUAGACAUCAGCAAGGCGGGCGACCGCGGUGUCCUGAAAAGGAUAAUUCAGGAGGGCCAUGGCACUGAUACACCCAACGCGGGUUGUCAGGUCACUGUCCACUAUACUGGGACGCUUCUAGACGGCACCAAGUUCGAUUCCAGCAAGGACAGGAACGAGCCCUUUGAGUUCCAGCUGGGGAAAGGACAGGUUAUAAAGGCAUGGGACAUAGGCGUAGCCACAAUGAAGAAGGGGGAGGUGUGUGUGCUGACCUGCGCUCCAGAAUAUGCCUAUGGAGCCUCCGGCAGCCCUCCCAAGAUCCCACCUAAUGCUACUCUGCAAUUUGAGAUUGAAAUGAUCGACUGGAAAGUGGAGGACUUGAGUCCCAACAAGAACAAGGGGAUCCUGCGUCACAUCAUCGAGCAGGGCGAGGGCUUCGACAACCCCAACGAUGGAGCUCUGGUCACAGUGGAGCUCGAAGGCAAGCUCCUCCCCGACGGCAAAGUGUUCGACACGCGCACACUCACGUUCCCGCUGGGAGAGGGCGCUGACAGCAACGUCUGCGAGGGCGUCGAGCGCGCGCUCGAGAAGUUCCUGAAGGGGGAGAGGUCCCGGCUCACCAUACAGCCUAAAUACGCCUUCAAGUCUGAAGGCAACACUGAACUCGGCGUGCCAGCCAACACUGCCGUCGAGUACGUCGUCAAGCUGAGCAACUUCGAGAAAGCCAAGGAAUCCUGGUCCAUGGACGGGCCGGAGAAGCUUGAGCAAGCCAAGAUCUACAAGGAGAAGGGCACCAACUACUUCAAGGCGGGCAAACACCAGCUGGCUAUCAAGAUGUACAAGAGGGUGGGCUCCUUGCUCGAUGAUGUCCCUGAAGACAACAGCGUAGAAGACAAAGUAAAAGAGCAAGCCAAAGAGCUCCUUCUCUCCUCCCACCUGAACCUGGCGCUGGUGUACCUGAAGGUGUCCCCGCCGCACCACUUCGAGAGCCGCGACCACGCCACCAAGGCGCUGACCUUCGACACCAACAACGUCAAGGGGCUGUUCCGAAGGGGGCAGGCGCUGCUCGGGCUGGGCGAGGCGGAGCAGGCGCUCGAAGACUUCCAGAAAGUUGUGGACGCCGAGCCGCAGAACAAGGCUGCCGCCAACCAGAUAGUGGUGUGCAAACAGGCGAUACAGAAGCAGAAACAGAAAGAGAAGAAACUGUACGCCAACAUGUUCGACAAGUUCGCCAAGCACGACACGGAGUUGGAGAAGAUAAGAGCUAAAGAGGAGGUGGACGUGAUCGGGUCGGCGGUGGGCGAGUGGGGCUCGGGGGAGGGGGAGUGGACGGACGAGCAGCGGACGAGGGCCCCAACACACUUCGAGCGCGAAAAUCCCAACAUACUCAUGCUCGACAAGGACGGACAGUUCCAGAAUAUGUAGACGACAUGUGUCAUGAG